UAAUUUGAAGAAACAAGGCAAAAACAACACCUAAUGGCAACUUUCACCUUGUACAAUUUUCCCUCUCUUAUUUCCUUUCUUUUACUUUUUUUGUUACCUUCUUCGCUUUAUGCUGCUUCAGACUCUGUUGAAGAAGCAAAUGCUCUUCUCAAAUGGGCAGCCAGUCUCAAUAACCUGAAACUGUCAAAUAUUUCUUCAUGGCCUCUUCUUUCUCAAAACACCUCCAAUUCAAAUUCAAGAACGACACAUUGCAAUUGGCUUGGAAUUUCUUGCAACAAUGGAGGCAGAGUAGUUAGGUUGAAUCUGACGAAUGCAGGUCUAAAUGGUGCACUGAAUGAUCUUUCUUUCUCUUCUUUUCCUGAUCUUUCAUAUAUUGAUCUUAGUAUCAAUGAACUCUCUGGUACAAUUCCGCUUGGCCUGACUCAGCUCUCAAAACUCAUUUAUCUUGAUUUGUCAUAUAACUCCUUGUACGGAAACAUUCCUCCUGAAAUUGGCUUGUUAACAAAACUUGAUACCCUGCAUCUUGCUGCUAAUGACUUUAAUGGCUCGAUUCCUCGAGAAAUAGGGAACUUGAGUUCCCUUACUGAGCUUGCCUUGUAUACCAAUAAUCUAGAAGGUCCUAUUCCUGCUUCUUUGGGUAAUUUAACCAAGAUGGUUAGUUUAUAUCUCUAUGAAAAUCAACUUUCCGGUUCAAUUCCUCCCGAAAUGGGAAAUCUCACCAAUUUGCGAGAAAUUUUUAUGGAUACAAAUAGUCUAUCAGGUCCAAUUCCUUCCACUUUUGGGAACUUGAAAAACCUAACUGUAUUGCUUAUGUUCAAGAAUAAACUCUCCGGUACAAUUCCUCAAGAAAUCGGAAAUUUGAAAUCUCUCCAGAAGCUUAGUCUUUAUGCAAACAAUCUUUCUGGCCAAAUUCCAGCAUCAUUAGGUGGUCUGACUAGUCUUACCACUCUUCAUCUCUAUGGAAACCAGCUCUCCGGCUCCAUUCCAGAAGAAUUGGGCAACUUAAAGUCUAUUAUUGAUCUAGAGUUGAGUGAGAAUAGACUUACUGGUCCAAUUCCUCUUUCCUUUGGCAAUUUAAGCGAGGUCGAAUCUUUGUAUCUCCGCGAUAAUAACCUUUCUGGAUCAAUACCUGAAGAGAUAGCAAGUCUACCAAAACUAUCUGUACUUCAACUAGACCACAACCAGUUCACUGGUUCUUUGCCCCAAACCAUUUGCCAAACUAAAGUGCUUGCAAACUUCACCGUCAAUAAUAAUUUUCUUCAAGGCCCAAUCCCCAAAAGCUUUAGAGAUUGUGUGAGCUUCAUGAGAGUUCGUUUGGAGGGAAAUCAAUUCACUGGAAAUAUAUCUGAAGAUUUUGGUGUCUAUCCUCAGCUUCAGUUCCUAGAUCUAAGCCAAAACAAACUCCAAGGAGAAAUAUCACCCAACUGGGCAAAAUGUCCGCAACUGGCCACUUUACUGAUCGCAGAUAACAAUAUUACUGGUUCCGUACCAGCAGAGCUUGGAAAUGCAAAUCGGCUACAAGCACUUGAUCUUUCUUCAAAUCAAUUAUCCGGAACAAUUCCUAAGGAUUUGGUGAGAUUGACUUCUUUAGUGAAGCUAAAUCUAGCAAACAAUCGGUUCUCUGCCGCUAUUCCUUCAGAACUGGCAUGGUUGACCGAUCUCCAGUUCCUAGACCUUUCAUCAAACAGGUUGAGUGCAAUUCCUGAAAACAUUGGAAAAUUGGCUAAAAUUAUUUACUUGAAUUUGAGCAUCAAUGAAUUUAGCCAAGAAAUUCCAAUUGGGUUAGGAAAGUUAUUUCAGUUAUCAGUGUUGGAUUUAAGCCGUAAUUUUUUCAAGGGAGAGAUUCCAUCGCAAUUAAGUGGUAUGCAGAGCUUAGAGACUUUGAACAUCUCUUACAAUAAUAUUUCUGGUUUUAUACCAGAUGGUCUUGAUAACAUGCUUGGUUUGGUGACCGUUAACAUAUCAUACAAUGAAUUAGAAGGUCCCAUUCCAAACAACAAAGCAUUUCAAAAUGCUUCAAUUGAUGCCUUUCAAGGAAAUAAAGGAUUGUGUGGAAAUGUCAAAGGAUUGCCUCCCUGCAAUUCACCUUCUACACAUAAUCACACCUCAAAAAAGCACAGGAGAAAGUUGUUUCUGAUAAUUUUCUUUCCUGUUUUUGGAGUUCUUUCUCUCCUUUCUUUCUUAGGAGUUUAUUUCUUUUUAAGAAAAAGAAAACCAGAUCCAGAAGCAGAAGAAGGCGAUGAACAAGAAGAUGAACCAUUUUUCAUUUCCAGUUCUGAUGGAAGAAUUCUGCACGAUGAGAUAAUAAAAAGUACUAAUAGUUUUGAUUCUGUAUAUUCUAUUGGUAAAGGAGGAUUUGGAACUGUGUACAAAGCAAAUUUGCCAUCAGGAAGCACAGUAGCGGUAAAGAGGCUAAACCCAGUUGGUGAUGGCGAAAGGAAAUACCAAAAAGAGUUGUUGAACGAGAUAAGGGCAUUAACUGAAAUAAGGCAUAGAAACAUUAUAAAGCUUUACGGUUUUUGCUCCUAUUCAAGGCACUCUUUUCUGGUUUACGAGUAUCUUGAAGGUGGUAGCUUGGCGACAGUGUUGGACAAUGAUAAAGAAGCUAAAGAAUUGGAUUGGGGCAAGAGGGUGAAUAUUGUUAAAGGAGUUGCUAAUGCAUUGUCUUAUAUGCAUCACAAUUGCUCACCUCCAAUUGUUCACAGAGACGUAAAAAGCAAAAAUAUUUUGCUUGAUUCUGAUUAUGAGGCUCAUGUAUCUGAUUUUGGCACUGCCAAGCUUCUCUAUCUUGAUUCAUCGCAUUGGACUGCAAUGGCUGGCACAUAUGGAUAUAUUGCACCAGAGCUUGCAUACACAAUGAAGGUGACAGAGAAAUGUGAUGUAUAUAGUUUUGGAGUUUUAGCCUUAGAAGUGGUGAAAGGAAAGCACCCAGGUGAAAUCAUCUUCUCUGUAUCGUCUCCUUCAGCAGCCAAUAUACAACUAGAAGAUGUUAUAGACAAACGACUUCCAACUCCUUCACCUGAAAUUGAGGAAGAACUGAUGAAAAUCGCUAAAAUUGCAAGUGCAUGCUUGUGCACGAAUCCACAAUCUCGGCCUACAAUGCAUAUGAUUUCUGAAAUAUUAGAUGCUCAAAUCCCACUUCUCUAGAUUCAUAUUCACGGAAAUCAAACUUUAGCCUGACAAUAUAUUUCUAUGCACUUAUAUGGUUGAAUUGGGUUCCAACCACUCCCACUCCUCUCCUUUCCUCUUCUCCUCCCCCCAUCCUGUAAUCUAUAGAUUAAAUAAAUAAAAAAUCCAUACUCACAUUUUGGCUACAGGACUACAACUAUGGACCUGAACGUGUAAAAAAGUGUGUAAUAAAGACUUCUACAUAUAGGAUUUCUUCUUUUUCUUCUUUGUGCGUGUGUUUGGGUAAAUAAGAACCGGUACUCAAACGUGUCACAGAAUUAAAUGUUGCAAUAUAUAAAAAAUUCAUACAUAUAUAUUUUUAA